AUGGAAGACCAGCUCUACACCACAACGACCCAAUGCAAGACCUGGUCUUUCGGCCCCACAACGCUCUCAAACCUCCGUUCCGCCACCAAUGCCGCCGGUGUUCGCUCCAUCAAGCGUGGUUGGAAACGCGCUCGUGUCGAAGCCUCCUCCUCCACAAACACUCCCCUCGCAACCACUCCAAUCCCAUCGAAUAACAACACUCCAACACCGAUCCCCGCAGACCCUUCUACGAUUCCGGACCCGGAACCCCUCUCUCCUUCCGAGGAACUCACCUUGGUGAACUACUACAUGCUGCGCCUGAUGGCCAUGUCCGACAUCUUCUCCUUCCCAUCGUCCGUUAAAGCUACAGCCUGCAUCUUCCUCUCACGUUUCCAUCUUCACCAUUCCGUACAUUCAUACCAUCCGAAGCAUCUGUUAACAACAAUCCUAUUCCUUGCGACUAAGACCGAAAAUAACUACCUCUCCACUGCGGAGUUUUGUAAGAGAAUACCGAAGUUGACGCCAGAGGCCGUUCUAAAAUACGAGUUCAAGGUCGCCGGAGGGAUUGGUUGGGAUUUUGAGAUCAGACAUCCGUUGAGAGGGGCUGAUGGAGGGAUAAUGGAGCUAUUGACCGCUUUGGGGUCAAAUAGUACCGAUUCGGGGCUACAGACUUUAAGGGAAAAACUAGGCCAGAACCCAUCAAGACGAGUAACAGAUGCUGCCGGAAGAAUGAAAGGUUACCUCACAAAAGAAGCGUUGGUCUCGGACGUCUAUUACCACUACACCCCUCCACAAAUCUUCCUCGGGGCAUUAUGGUUAGCAGAUAAAGAGCUAGCAGAAGCAUACAUCGAAUGGCGAUUUGGCGAGAACUCAACAAUGGGACGGCCUAUUAAGAAGAAAAAGAAGGAAAGGAAAGGAAAGGAUAAGGCAACAGAAGAGGAAUCUGCAGCUGAAGCUCCAAAACCACCAACUUUGGCACCAAAGUUGAUUCCAGCUGUUGCUGCGUGUGCGGAGAUGAUGCUGAAGGCGCAAGAGUAUGAAAAGAUACCGGUUGAUGUGCUUAAAAGAAUUGAUAAAAAGCUUCAUCGUUGCCAAAAUCCUCAAAAGUUUUUGGGCGCGGGGUCACCAAUUGGGAUUGGGAAUGAUGCUCCACAACAGCCAAAGAAACAGGCCGAGGAAGUCCCGCCACCAGAGAAGAAGAGGAAAACGGAAGAUGAUAUGUUUGGGGGUUCUCUAAGAUGA